AUGGAUCGUCCACUCGGCCCGCCAGGCACCAACGAGCCUCUUGCCGUCAUCGAUGCUGUACACCGCCAUCACAAUCUCCCACAUCACUCCGACCAUCGCAGCAGUGACGACCCGCCACUCUUGACACACAGCGCCUCCGCUUCCUUGCCUGCGCUGCAUCGCGAUGCAAGCUCCUACAAGCAGCUCAAGGAAGCAUGGAUCGCCGAUCAGACCGGGAGCUCGAUCCACGUCGUCAACACGCUCGGGCUCGUGAUGCUUCUGACCUACGCGAUAUGGGCUGUACUCAGCGCUAAACGUAUACGUUUUGUUCGUAAGGAUCGACGAUGGCGACCGAAUGAUAGCUCACCCUGGUCACAUGUGACGGCUAUCAUGGACAAGUUCAGCGACUGGCAGCUCGAGUUUCUCGUUCUCAUCGUGCCGGCGGUGGCCUCACAUACAGUAUUUGCUACGCAUCUGCUGGCAACGAACGGUGUGUUGAUCGCGAUACUGGUGUGCCUGCUUCGUAGCGGUGCAUCACUGCCGUCAAAGACGAAAGGCAAGAACGACAGCAAGGACAAACGACAUUGGUCGAAAAAGUUCUCUGACGACGAGGAUCAAGACGACCUAGUUGUCGACACCGGCAUACACGCAACAACAUCGUCCUUGGCCCCUUCAGCCACAGCAGAACCUGAGCCACCAUUUCGAGUCUCGAUCGACUCGGCCGCUGAUGCAGCACACGCCUCAGCCGCCCCACCCAACUUCUACUCCGGUCCCGGCUCCUCCUCCUACCACUCUGACCUCGAUCUAUCCAUCGAUACCUCGGUGAGCACCGCUCCGCAGAGUCCGAUCCUCGGAUCAGCGACUUCCAGCUCAGCAGCUUCUCGUGGUGACCUGGCAUUUCUAUCGCCCGACGUAGCAACUACCUCGGCGUUCCCAUCGCCGACACGACGUCCAGCAGAGCUCACAGCGUUGAAAACCUCGCCGUUGCAACUGCUGCAUUCCAGAGACGCAUCCGAUGCGCAAUCCGUCGUAUCGGCUUCGUCUGCCAUGUCACCGCUGGCUAGGAGCGUAGUGGAUCCUUGGGGAAAGGGGAAACAUCCAUCACCGUCGAUCGACCAUUCCACCUCUCCCGCUACGGACGAAUCAACCCUUCACGACCCACCCUCAACAAGCUCGACCAAGUCGCACCCGCACUUUGAGCGAAACCUCUUCGUCCGACCGCGACCCUUCCUCACCGUCUACCGAGCGCACAUGAUGCUCGUCACCAUCAUCUCCAUCCUCGCCGUUGACUUCCCCGUCUUCCCGCGCUUCCUCUCGAAGUGCGAAUCCUGGGGCACCAGCUGGAUGGACAUGGGUGUCGGUUCGUUCGUCUUCAGUCUCGGCAUCAUCUCCGCCCUGCCGUUCCUCAAGAGUCCUGAGAAUCGCUUUCGUGGGGUACGACGACAGCUGUGGAGUGACUUUCGAAAGUGUCUACCGCUGUUGGCGUUGGGGGUGGUGAGGGUGGUUAGUGUGAAGGGGGUGGAGUAUGUGGAGCAUGUGGGUGAGUAUGGUGUUCAUUGGAACUUUUUCUUUACGCUGUCGGUGCUGCCGUUGGCUAGUUCGGUGGGGAGGAUGAUGGCGAGGGCUGGUGGGCUGAGGUUCAGCGUUGUCGGGAUAGCGAUAUCACUGCUGCACCAGAUCCUGUUGAAGACGACGGCGUGGGAGCAAUGGGCGUUAUCCGACACGUUGCACCGAGAUACACUCUGGAGUGCCAACAAAGAAGGUCUGACCAGCAUCGUAGGUUACCUCGCUAUAUUCUACAUCGGCCUCGAUCUAGGUCACUACGUGCUACCCCUAGACCCCUAUUUCGCCUAUCGAAAGAUUCGCCGCAGACGGGCGAAACCAAGAACGGAUAAACUAGCGAUGGUACUUGCAAGCCUAGCCAUCCUAGAGUGGAGCGGGUUUGGGUUGGCGAGUGUGGUGGGGUGGAGGACGAGUAGGAGGCUGGCGAAUCUGCCGUACGUGCUGUGGGUGGUGGCGUUCAACACGUCGUUCUUGUUGGGGUAUGUCGUGGUGUACGGGUUGGUGCUGCAGCCGGUGGAAGAGCAAGAGGGGAGGGAGGAUUCGAUGACGCCGCGGAUACUGGAGGAUCUGAAUAGACACUCGUUGACGGUGUUUUUGGCGGCAAACGUGCUGACGGGGUUGGUGAAUCUGACGAUCGAGACGAUGUAUACGAGGGAUGCGGUGGCGGUGGGGUUGUUGUUGGUGUAUGUGGGGGUGUGUUGUGGGUUGGCGAGGUGGUUGAGUGCGAGGGGGUAUAGAUUGAAACUGUAG